AUGGCCGCGGCGGUGACGGCUUGCUGCCGAGGGCUGCUCCGGCGGCGGGGGUUCGGGCUGAGUGCCCCGGCCGGCUUCCGCCUCGCCUUCCCGGCCGCCUCCGGCGGACUCGCUCGGACGGAGCUUCCCGGCCAGGCCAGAGGGCUCAGCGCCAGCCCCGCGUUGCUGCACGCCGCGCGCCGAUUCACAGACAAGCAUGAAUGGGUAUCGGUUGAAAACUGUGUUGGAACUGUAGGAAUCAGCAACUUCGCGCAGGAAGCGUUAGGAGAUGUUGUUUAUUGUAGUCUUCCAGACGUUGGAACAAAGUUGAACAAACAGGAUGAGUUUGGUGCUUUGGAAAGUGUGAAGGCAGCUAGCGAACUCUACUCCCCAAUCACAGGAGAAGUAACGGAAAUUAAUACGGCCCUGGCAGAUAAUCCAGGACUCGUCAACAAAUCCUGUUACCAAGAUGGUUGGCUGAUCAAAAUGACGGUGGAAAACCCUUCAGAACUUGACGAACUCAUGAGUGAAGAUACAUAUGAGAAGUACAUAAAGUCCAUUGAGGAGUGACCGGAAGGUUAAAAACUAAACCAGUAAAAACCACUCACUUCUGUGUAGAUUGCCCCACAUUAGCAGUGGACGGAAGACCUGGCUGAGCAGCUCAUCAAGAAAAUGAUCGGAGGAAACGUGCUGCCUUUUAUUAAAAAUGUGUUAGUCUCUGCCCAUCGGUGACUGCAAAUGGAAACGUCCUGCCCCCCCCAAUGUUUUGCCUACCUUCUACUAGUCAGUAUUUUCAUGUGGGAUUUGAAAGUUUUUUUUUAGCCUAACAAAGGUAAUUAUAUGAUGCCAGCAGUUCAUGUUCCUAAUGAAGGAGUAGAAUAGCUUUUGUCCUUAAAUAAAACCCAAACGUUGGUAAAAUAGAACUGCGAAAUGGUACAGCAGCCUUAAAUCUUUAGUACCAACUGUGCUUGUCACCUCUCCCGGACUUUCCCUGUGCCCCCCCCUUCCCCUGUUCCUACGUCCGACCCCACCCACCCCAAUACAUUGGCCUGCUUUAAAUCAGGUUUUAAUAGUAAAGUUGUAUUGCUGCCUUGAGAAAUUAACGAACGUUCACAGUGAUUAGAGCGGAGAUGGGAGUUCUCCUUUUGGAGCGAAGCUGCAGAGGUCUGGCCAUCGUGGGCAGAUAAAGCUCUCUCUGCUUUGCAGAAGAUCAGAUAAGUGAAGUUAAUAAAAAAUCCUGACAUUUCCAAA